AGUACCGGCUGAUCAAUUUCGCUACGCAUCUGAAGGCAAUGCAAUAACUAUCAAGGGUGUUAAUGAUGCUCAACAGUUUCUUGAAACACGUGAAGCAUUAGCUCUUCUUGGUAUUGAAAAUAAAGUUCAAAUGUCCAUCUUUCGUUUAUUGUCAGCAAUUCUUCACUUGGGAAAUGUCAUUAUCAACGAAGGUGAAGGUGAAUCAACAUAUGUCAAAGAAUCUGAUAAAUCUUUCUCCAUAUUUUGCUCACUUCUGAAACUGGACGAAAGCAGAAUGAGAACAUGGUUAUGUAAUAAGAGAAUAAAAACAGGUGUAGAAGUUGUUAAUACAACAUUAAAUCUAAAUCAAGCACUGUUUGCUCGAGAUGCACUGGCGAAACAUAUCUAUUCGCAGUUGUUCGGAUGGAUUGUGAAUGAAAUAAAUAAAUCUUUAGAAUAUGUGGGACAACGACAGUCCUUUAUUGGAGUUUUAGACAUUUACGGGUAA